AUGAGCAGCUCCAGCAGCAGCAGCAGCGACGCCGUGAAGCCGCUCCAGAGUCUCCUGGACGCCUUCAGCGCGCGCCUCACGCGCAUUGAGGUGCAGCUCGGCGUCGAUGCCGCGUCGGCGUCUGCCCCGUCUUUGUCCGGCCCGCCCGCGCCCGCGACGUGCGAAGAGCUGUCGCCCCAACUCGACGCGUACGACGCGUACGUGCGGCAGUACCUCCCGCCGUUCCUCGCGGCGUGCGACGCGCUGGGCGACGAGACCCGUCGACUGGGCCACGUGACUGCGAAGGCGUUUGCGGCCCAGCGCGCGUACCUGUUGAUGGCGAGUCGCUGCAAGAAGCCGUCGUCGGCGAUGCCCGCGCCCGAGUACUUGAAGGAGCUGCAGGGCUGUAUCAAGGAGAUGAACGCGCUGCGGGACAACCGGAGCGAGUUUACGAACCACCAGAACAUGGUGAACGAGGGCAUCCAAGCGCUCGGGUGGCUCUGUGUCGAGCCGGCGCCCAAGCCCUUUAUCGAGUCGUACGUGGGCGGCUCGGACUUUUGGGGCAACAAGAUCCGCGUGCAGUACAAGACGUCGGACCCGAAGCAGAUUGCGUUCGUCACGUCGUUCAAGAGCCUCUUGACGGAGCUCAUGGCGUACGUCAAGGCACUGCACACGACGGGCGUGACGUGGAACCCGAAAGGAGGGGACGUCGAGAGCUACGUCGCGCCUUCGGCAACUGCUGCUUCGACAGUCAAGGGGGACGCUCCUGCCGCUGCUGCUGGCGGUCUAUCCAGUGUGUUUGCUGGGAUCACAGCUAUUGAUCAGAGCAGCGGGAAGACUGCAGGGCUCAAGAAGGUGACGAAAGACAUGCAGACGUGGCGCAAGGAUUACAAGCCAAACAGCAGUGCGCCUGCUGCGUCUGCACGUGCAGCUGCGGCUGCUAAGAAACCAGUGGAGGCUGUCAAGGUCGCAAAGCCUCCUGUCUGCGAAGAGCGCAACGGCAACUGGCACAUUGAAUACCAAACUGGGUCCGAGCCAGUGAGUGUCAGCGGCAUUGUCAUGAAGCAGCAGGUCUAUAUCUUUGGCUGCGAGGGCGCCACCAUUGUGCUCGAGGGAAAAGCCAAGAACAUUGUGUUUGACUCGUGCAAGAAGACCAAGCUCAUUUUCGACAACGCCGUGUCCAGCAUUGAGGUUGUCAACUGUAAGGGCGUGCAGGUGCAAUGCAAGGGCGUCGUGCCGUCUGUGGCCAUUGACAAGACGGACGGCUGUCUCGUGUACAUCUCGUGGGAGGGCCGCGAGGUGCAGUUUGUCACGUCGAAGAGUUCAGAGAUGAAUGUGGCGUUCCCGAAUGGCGCCAACAGCGACGACUUCGUGGAAAAGCCGAUCCCAGAGCAGUUUGUACACAAGAUCACGGACGACCUGACCAUUUCGUCGGAUGUCUCGGACUUGUACUCGCACUAG